AUGCCACUAAAUGCCAGUGCCACCAGCUGGCAUCUGGAUAUGACGUCAUCCCUCUGGACCACGCCCAGCCUCAACAUGACAUCCGCCAACAGUUCACAGGUCACGUGGGAGGCCAACCAAUCAGCUGGCGCCAACACGAGCCAGCCGGGUAAGGAGCUGAAGAGCUCCGUGCAUGAUAUUGAGUACGACAUAUCCAUGCGAAUAGCCAUCCUCUACGUGCAGAUUGUGCUGGGCAUAUUCGGCGCCGUCCUCUUGUUUACAUACAUGAUCCACGCGCGGAGGCGCCUGGACCUGCCGUCACCAAAAAGGCUGACCCGGGUCAACGCCCUGAUCCUGAACCUGUGUGUGGCCGACCUGCUUGUCAUCUGCUUCUCCUGCGUCACACAGGUGGUCUGGGAACACCUGGACCGGCACUGGCUGGCCGGUGACGUCAUGUGCCGCAUCAUCAAGAUGUUCCAGAUCUUCGCGCUGUGUGCCAGCACCAACAUGCUCGUGGUCAUCGCAGUGGACAGGCACCAGGCCAUCACCGCCCCGCUCAGGAAACAGUUCUCGGUCCUGCUCAUGGUGUCCAUAGGGUGGGGCGUGGCCCUGCUCUGCUCCAUCCCACUGCUCUACGUCUUUCACGUCCGGUUCGACCCCAUCAAAAACCAGUUCCUGUGUGAGAACACCUUCAGGGGGAAGCAGCCCAUACACCGGCAGGCCUUUCUGACCUACGCUGCGCUGGUCAACUUCGCCAUCCCCCUCAUCAUCCUCUGUGUCUGCUACAUCCGCAUCUUCCUGAAGAUCGCCCGCAAGGCUUCAGACAGCCGGACCUCCAAACGCCAGAGCUUCAAGCCCGGCAAGAUCCACCUGACCAGCAACACCACCUCCGCCACGCUCCACUGCGCCAAGCUCAAAACCCUGCGCAUGACCGUCGUCAUCGUGUCGUGCUACAUCGUCUGCGGCAUGCCCUACUUCAUCGCCGAAAUGAUCCUCUCCUACGGCAACGCGGCCAUCUUGUCCACGGAAAUCUACGGCAUCCUGGGCGGCAUCGCCGUGGCCAACUCAGCCGUGAACCCGUACAUCUUCCUGUUGUUCAGCGUCAACAAGCAGUGCAUCAGGAACCUCAAGCUCUGCCCGGCACAGACCGGACCCAACAAGCGACAGCUCAUGUACAGCGGGAGCGUGCGAUCGCGUGAGUACUCCUCUGCUGCCUACUCACGCACACCCGUGACGGCCGUGUCCACGGAGUCGUACGAGCUGAGCACGGCGGCCAACAAGGCCAACCGUGUUGCCGGCUACAACAGCCGCUGGUCAGAGAAACACGGACAGAGAAACAACAUCUAG